AUGGUUGUCCUUCUGCCGGCGGAGUGCGAGGAGUCGAUGUCAGCGGGAGACAUGUGUGUGUCGGCUGCUCGUGCUGGACCCUCAGCGCGCUGGCACCCCGCCUGCUUCGUCUGCUCCUCCUGCCAGGAGCUGCUAGUGGACCUCGUCUACUUCUGGAAGGAUGGCCGGCUCUACUGCGGGAGACAUCACGCCGAGACACUCAAGCCCAGGUGUUCGGCCUGCGAUGAGAUAAUCCUGGCAGACGAGUGCACGGAGGCGGAAGGCCGCGCGUGGCACAUGAAGCACUUCGCAUGCGCCGAGUGUGCGCGCCAGCUCGGCGGGCAGCGGUACAUCAUGCGCGAGGCGCGCCCCUACUGCCUGCCCUGCUUCGACAACUGCUUCGCCGAGUACUGCGACGCCUGCGGGGAGCCCAUCGGGGUCGACCAGGGACAGAUGUCGCACGAAGGCCAGCACUGGCACGCUACAGAACGAUGCUUUGCUUGCCACACUUGCAGAGCAAGUCUCUUAGGCAGACCUUUCUUGCCGAGAAAAGGAGCGAUAUACUGCUCCAUAGCGUGUUCCAAAGGUGAACCACCCACGCCGUCUGACUCAUCAGGUCCUGGACCCAGACCACCACGAGUGCCAAAGCCCAGAAGAAUGCCAUCACCUAAGACCCCGCCUAGAACACCCCCGAGAGAACCCUCACCUCACCACAUAGACGCAGAUUCUGAACCUAGUGAAUCCUUGAUACCAGAGUCGCCCCCACCGCACCCGCCUCCACCUCCACACGCUUGCCUAAGUCUCGACAGAGCAUUAGCAGAUCUACGUCUAGAACAAUCUAUGACGGAACAUCAAAUACAACCCAGUCCGACAUCUGAGGAACAUAAAAACGAGUCAGCAGACGACUGGAAGCCUCCCCACCCUGUGGAAGCGCAGGCAGUCGUCACUCCAGGACAUUCAUCAUCGAUGCCAGAACUGACGCUGGUAGAUGGUAAGUCACCUCGGAAACCGCGAGGGGGCCGGACAGUGAGGUUCUGCGGAGAUGACAAUGAAGCAUUUGAGCCCGAUGAGCCCCCACGGAGGGAGAAGGUGCGGGAUGAAGACGCCAGUAGCUACUGCAGCACGUGUUCGUCGUCGUCAUCGUCCGCAGAGUCGUAUACGUUACCGACGCGGCGCGCGUACGGCGGCGUGCGGAUAUCAUACGUGCCCAACGACGCCGUCGCCUGCGCCAAGAGAGAACGACAAAGGAAGAACGCUCAACACGACAAGAACUGCAUCAUCUCGUGA